UGCAUAUUUGCAUCUAUUACUUAAUCCUUAUGUGCAACCCAUAUAAGUGAAGUUGCGCAUUAUGCAUCUUUGAUCCGGAUUUUGACAAAAAAAAACUGCAAAAUUUUUUGUCCUUUACGUAGUAAAAUAUAAUUCAGUCUUAAUUCUUCCAAAGAUAGACAUCAUGGCAACCGCUAAAGAGGACGUAGUCCAUCCAAAAAAUCCAUGGUCCACUCCCUUCGAUCUCAACAUCGUCGCCUCAAGUCCUGUAGGUUCCGGCGCAUUCGGGUCAAUUUGGAUUGCUAAACAUUUCGAAGAUGAAACAACUUACGCCAUAAAACGCGUCAAUAUUUCCAAGGCCCUCCGUGAUUUUUCCGACUUGGAUAAAAUUAAGCGAGAAGUCGACUGCCACACCAAAUUGAGGAGCAGUUUCGUCAUCCAGUACUACACGUACUGGAUAGAAGAGGACGAAACUAAGGAGGAUUUCAAAUUCGAUCAAUUGUCCGAAAGUGCAGUUUUGGAUUUCGAUGAUUUCGAUGACACUGACACCCAACUUUUGCCAGACAUCGGACCUAUUCUUUACAUUCAAAUGGAAUAUUGUAGUCACAAAACGCUGACCGAUUUCUUGAAAGAAAACAACACCAUAGAUCUUCGUAGUUCUGAAAUUAAUAGACUAUUUUCCCAUUUGGCGAAAGGCUUGAGCGCAAUUCACAAGGAAGAUAUUAUUCAUAGAGACCUAAAACCGGACAACAUAUUACGUGUAGUGUCCUCCGACGUGGGAGGAGGUGGAGAAGGAAUGUCAAUUUGGAAAAUAGGAGAUUUUGGACUGUCAAUCAUUCCAAGUUUCCAACCUCGUCAAUUUUUUGAAACUCUGGAGAAUUUUGGGGUAGAAGAACCAUAUAAUUUUAAUGAAGACGAUGACGACGACGGACUGGAUGACGAUAAUCCCACCUUUAGAGGGACAUAUUCCUAUCGUAGUCCAGAAAUGGUUGAAGAAAGUUGCAGCUAUAAUGAGAAAACAGAUAUUUUCUCACUUGGGCUAAUUUUUAUGGAAAUAUUAUCCCCCCAUUUGAUAGAUCCAAAAGUAAGAAAGCUAUUAUUUCAUCAAGUUAGGCAGGGUGGUUCGGUGGUGGAGAAUUUCAUACACAAUCUAAAUCCUACUUUCUCCAAAGAUAAGUUAGAGCUAAUAUCGCCUGUACUAGAAAUUUUGCCAAAAAUGUUGUCCAUAGAUGAACUUACCCGACCAACGUCAUUAGAAAUUUUCCAAUGGGUUCUUUGCCCUGUGACAUACUGUGUUCCUCAUCCAGUAUUAGAUUUCAUGGGUAGAGACGCCGAACUUGUCGAACUGCAUGAGUAUUUAACUCGCCACAGCAAAAUUGUUAUGGUCACCUCAGACAAAUAUGGCACAGGCAAAACGCAAUUUGUCAAGAAAUAUGUGCAGAAAUAUAUUAUAGAAAAACAUACCAAAAUGAAUGUUCUAUUCUUAGACGCCAAAAACAGGGCGGGUUCCAAUUUGAGGGGCCACAUUUACAAGUUAUCUACCGAGCUUGACAUUUCGUCUAGAAUGAAGGGCUUGGUGAACAUUAAGAGAAAUGCGGAACACAUCUUGCACGAAAUUUGCAAAUCGCUUACUGAUUCGGGAACGUUCUCCAAAUUCCCAUCCCUUCUUAUUCUAGACGGUAUUAAUGCAGGGAGAAAGUGGGCACUUGACCAAAUUGAGCGAGAUCACUCGUUUCGUAAUAGAAAUCGUGUUAUAAUUGUUGGUGAAAGUGACUUUAAUUUUGAGGUGGAUGCUAACUCGUCCUUCAUAUGCAUAAAAUUAUGUCCAUUUUCACCCGGAGUUGCAGAAGCAUGCGCAAAACAAGUCUAUGAAGAAAUGUGUCUCCCCGUACCACCCGAGUUAGCCUGGCAUAAUUUCUGCAACUUUUUAGAAUUUCAUCCACAAGCCUUAAAACAGGCCAAAUUAAUUCUGCACCAUCUCCUUCCUCAAGACCAACAUGCCGAUUUUGUUAACAAUAUUGUAUUCAAACUACAACUCAUAAGCGCGUCACGAAUACCGCUGGAGAACAGUGAAGUGUUUGCAAAGCGAUUAUCUUCCUUGUAUGCUUACUCACUCCAGCAAAUGUUGACCCAUUCUGGAUACCUCGGCAGCCUGAAGAUUCUGCAAAUAUUGAUCUGUCUUUACGGAAAGGGAACGCUCUUAUCCACUUUGGACGCAAUGUUUACCUCGAUUUCUGAUAAUGAUGAUAAAUCAUUCAGUCAAUCCUUACAGCUAUUACAAGCACUUGACCUUAUCACAGUUACCGGGGAAAGAUACAUCGAAUUUGCGAAUGAUUUAAUUCCUGAUGUAAUUAUUGCCCCAAAUUCUCCAAUACCUGAAUGGGACACUGAAUCCGCCCUUCGGGGAAUGGCUUGCAUUCGAGCCAUUGCAAAACAGACGAGAUUAGGCAUCAUGGACAGCAUGUACUUCUGGAUGCAUGCAGUCCCAAAAACUAAGCAAAUUGUGACCGACUACGCAGAUUUUGUGGACGACACUUUACAUCGACUUAAUGAGACGUCACUGAGCAACUACUUUGACCACUUUGCCCAAUUAAACAUUGAGCAAUUUACUGACCUACUGGGAAUUCAUGACAUAAGAACAAUCCGGCUGGAAUUUCAGUUGGCCAUAGCAAUGCGGAAAAAUGAACAAGAUUUAGAAGCCCUGUGGUUAAAUCGGGAUUUAUUAAAGCGAUGUAAGAAAAUUAAAGUGCAUCCGGCCAACGAACUUUACGUCACUAUUAGAGACGAAAUUGCCUCAGGAUUGAUUGAAAGGGAAAAAUUGGACGGUGCAUUAAGACUGCUCCGGUUAAAUUUAUCUCGUCAAGAGGAAAAUAUGAAAGAUUUGGAAUCUGAGCGUAUUCUAAUCGCAACAAAAAACAGUAUUGCGAAGGUGUUAAUAAAGCAGAAGAAAUAUGAUGAAUGUGUUCCGCUGUUAAAGCAAAUUUUGCACUGGAGAAAGGUCAAUUUAGGGCACAAACAUCUCGUCACGAUUAAUACCAUGGGAGAUUUAGCAGAUUGCUAUUUUCAUCAGGGCAAAUUUGAACUAGCGAAAAAUAUGUUUGAGCAUGUGCUAAAGGGCGUGAUAGGAUUUUUAGGAGAAGAAAACCAUGCAAAAGUAGAAUCCAUAAAUUACGAGUAUAUGAUUGCGUCAUGUUUGGAUAAGUUGGGCGAUAAGGAGGGUGCACAGGAAUUGUUCAGGUGGGUUGAUGCGGCCAAGAAAAUUAUGUCUAAAAGUAACAAUACCGAAUCAAGCUCAACUAAACUUCAAAUAUAAAUACGUUUAAUAAUUUCGUGAUUGCUAAAAAUAGGCAUCUUUUCUCUGAAAACAGCUAAUGGUGAUUUUAAAAUACUAAAUAUGAUUUAUUAAUAUUAUUAAUUCAAGAUAAUUUACAAUCUGUUGAAAUUAAGUUGCUGAAUAAAUAUUUCUUUAUUUAUUCCAUAUUAUGGGAUUGCAAAGCGUAAUUUUGAUGAGGCACAUAAAUAAGUGCAUGGUGAAAGCAUUUAUGUACAUAAUGUACAUCAACUGCUUUAUGAUUUACAGACACAAAUAACAUAUUAACGAGUUUCUAAGUUGGAGUACUAGAUACACGUUAUACAGAAGCACGUGUACAUAUGUACAUAAAAAUGUAGAAACUUACUGUGAGGGGUAAGCCCUUCGAGGCCUUCAAGUCACCCAUGUAUAAGAAUAUGAACAAUAUGAACUGAGGAUCAUAAAUACCAUCAUUCAAACGAAAGGACAUGUGGCAGUCUAUUUCUGUACAUUAGAGUACUUUAAUAUGACGUACAUAGAUACUCAUGUUCGACACAAAUUUAAAAUCAAUUUCCUGUAAAACAAUAACGUAGUUAAAAACUUUACAUUAAAAAAUCAUAAGUAAUGCAAACAAUAAAAUUGUAACAAAGGAAUAUUUUAUAGCUGAAAUUGCCAUCAUGAUGCAACCCAAUGUCUUAUCCGCCGUUAUGAUUGCUGUAAUAAUUGGAAGCCUUGCUUCUGGACACACCGGACAUAGUGGAGCUGAAAAAGAACUCAGGAUCAUAAACAGAGACGUAACUGAUGAUAUCGUCCCCCACCGUUGCCCUCAAGGUCACACUUGGUCAAAUUUUCAAGGCGCCUGUCUUCCUAACCAAGAUCCUCCUCCGAGUGUCGGCUAAUAAUUGCACAACGCAUAUAAAUCGUUGCAAAGUAUGAAAAUAUUUAUCUAUAUAUUUUGAUAGAGGAUAAGACGAUUUAUUUGACUAAAAAUGUAACAAUGUCAACAUUACAUUAGAAUAAACCAUAUAUAAAAACAUUUUCACAGAAGUUGUCGGAAAACCUGCACAUGGUUUUAAAAUAUGUGUGUCACAUUUGAUUCCAGAGAAUUAAGUUCAGCAUUGACAUGUAUGUAUUUAUGCAUAAAUAUUUUAUGUCAAACCGACGAAGGCAUGCAGGUCACUUCCUUUCAUUCUCCGUUACGUAUUUUAAGCACGAUCUGACCGAGAUAAGAAUCGUGAUCACUUUUAAGUACUGCACAAAUCUAGCAACCGGAUAAAUAUUGAGUAAAUUAAUUUGAGGUCAAGUAGGUAUGUAAUCCGUGAGCUCAUUUUAACCAAUUCCACAGUCGUGAGCCUAGAGCAUUUUCCACCGUUUCAAGCUUUGUCGUUCAAAAUUACAAGGACAGAUGAGACUUAAAUUUCAAAGCACUAUCUUUUAUCAACCAUCUUUUUAAUAAAAUAGUCCUCCUAUGUAGAUAUGACCAUGAUGCUAAAAUAUAAAACGGAUCAACAGUUUGCACUGUUUAGCACUCUUUAUGCAAAUACAUAGUUAUUAAAAACAUACAUCUAGUGUUAGCCUGUUUUCUUUUCUUUUGCAUCUACCGAAAUGACCGAAUUUAAUCUCUGGACCCCAUUACUUAUUACGCACACUUGUACAUUUUGCUUACUUUUAAUCUCAAUACACGAGACGCAAUUUUGCUCAGCGGAUCCGCUAAUCAUCCUCCUCCAAGACCAGACUGCAGCAGCAGCUGCGGGAGGUGUGGCAGCUGUGCAAGGCCCUUGUCCAACAAACGCCUGUUGUACAUCUCAGUGCAACAUGGCCGGUGACAUGUGUAUAAACCGGAGAUGUUCCGCUAUGCUUCCUGUCUCCCCGGGAGCAAUGGCUGCCACAAUGUGUAACAAUGCAGUUAUCCCGAUCACCCCGGCGUGUACAAGAUUGGGGUGCACCGCCGCGUCCUGUGGAGCAGCGUGUAAUCUGCUGCCAAUGCCCAUGACGUGUCAACCAGUGUUGUAACCAGUUGGUAAUACUUAUUGGCGACAGUAAAAAAAUAUUUAUAUUCAUUAAUCCUUAAACAUAGUGCGUUGAUAUCACAGUUCUAGAUUUAAUUUUCUCAAUUGGUCAUCCCUUUUAUGUAUGUAUAUUACUUUUUAUUCGUAAAUCUGUAGUGGUAUAAAAAACUGAAUGUUAGAGUGCACAUUUCAUUUCCGUGCAUGUUCAGUUUAGUUUCACAAUGCUUUCCGAACAUUUAUUUCUGCUCUGUAUUCUUGUUCGUAUGAUAUCGUAUGAGUGGAUAUAAUUUCCAAACUCAUUACGACAACAAUAAGGUUUGUAAAUCAUAUACAGAUACUUUAGUUAUGGACUAAAUAUAUAAAUACAUGUGAAUAUAAUUGAAUAUUUAUUGUUAUUAAAAAGAUUUAAUUACUUAAAAUAUAAUCGUAAAAUAUUUAAUAUGAAAAGCACUAUUUUCCAUUUCUAAUCAACUGUGGAAUGGUUUGGUUUAUUGUGCAAUUAAGUAAAGAAAGUGAAGUGAGCUGUAAAUUUAAAGCCGUUUUUGAUUUUUUUGCAAAAUCCCAAAUAAGCGUUUUAUAAUUUGAAACUUGAAUUGCACCAUUAACAUCAGAUAAUUUCAGUUUACCGUGAGUAUUUUAAAUCGUGAAAUUAUUAUAAAUGCACAUCCAGCAAAAUUGGUGUAAAAGUGUUUAAUGUCAGUGGUGGAUUUAUUCCAGGUAUGGAUAGCGAGCCACUUGGCUUGUUUUGUAUCUCGGGUCUCCCUUCAAGUCGUAUAAAUCUUUCGCCUUUUACUAAAGAUUUCCGUGGAGGGGGACAUUUUAUGAGAAUUUCUCAAUUUUUUGACAGCCUGCCUUUGGGUGGGUGACAUAACU